UCCACCGUCCCCGUCCAGCUCACAGAGACCCUGUCCCCCGGAGCCGCCAGCCCACCAGGCACCCAUGGGUUCGCUGGUGGCCAAGCUCCUUCUACCCACCAUCAGCACCUUGGUCUUCCUCCCCACCAUCAGCAUCGCGGCCAAGCGGCGCUUCCACAUGGAAGCCAUGGUCUACUUCUUCACCAUGUUCUUCGUGGCGUUUUACCAUGUAUGUGAUGGCCCUGGUUUAUCAGUGCUGUGCUUCAUGCGCUACGACAUCCUGGAGUACUUCAGCAUCUAUGGAACAGCUCUGUCCAUCUGGGUGUCCCUGAUGGCUCUGGCAGAGUUUGACGAGCCCAAGAGAUCGACCUUCAUCAUGUUCGGCGUCCUCACCAUCGCCGUGAGGAUCUACCACGACCGCUGGGGCUACGGCGUCUACUCGGGACCCAUCGGGACGGCCGUCCUGGUGAUAACUGUGAAAUGGCUACAAAAGAUGAAAGAGAAGAAAGGGCUCUAUCCAGACAAGAGUGUCUACACCCAGCAGAUCGGUCCUGGCUUCUGUUUCGGGGCAUUAGCGCUGAUGCUGAGGUUCUUCUUUGAGGAGUGGGAUUACACCUACGUGCACAGCUUCUACCACUGCGCCUUGGCCAUGGCCUUCGUGCUGCUGCUGCCCAAGGAGAACAAGAAGGCCGGGAGCGCCGGGACCCCCGCCAGGCUGGACUGCUCCACGCUCUGCUGCUGUGUCUGAGCCACCCCA